AUCCUGGUGUAGGUUCCUGUAGAGUCCACAUGCUGGAGGAUAUAGUGGAUAUAGUAUUAAUGGGGUUGUCCUUUAAGGUUAGGUUGUUUAUUAAGUCAGUCUUUAACAUUUCUUCAACAUAACUACAGACUGCUCCUUUAAAGAGUAACACCUGUGGAGCUGACAGAGUUAGAGUGAGUGAAACAUGCAGAUGGGUGGAAGCUGUCGUCCUCCGUUGUUGUGGUGAAGCGGUCCUGUGAGCUCAGAGUGCAGGACCCGUCUGCUGAGGAUCCUGGUGACAUCUUGUGUCCACGCUGAUCCUUUUAUCUCCUCAGUCGGCCUCGUCGGGCUGUCAGAGGAUUAGAGUUUCCCUGCUGGAGGAUCAGAGAGGAAAAGUCUGUGCAGAGAAUGGAGCGUCGUGGACGAGUGGAGGCGUUCAGACUCCUGCUUCUCUGCUGCAUGCUGGUCGGGCCGGUGCCAGCUCAGCUCCGCCACCCUCUGCCUGUGCUGUGGAUCAUGCCCUUCAGCUCUGGGUCGGGGAAAGGGAACCUGACCGCCGCCGUGGCCCCGGCUGUCAGACUGGCUCUGCAGGACCUGCAGAGACAACCGCCUCCGCUGGGAAACUAUGAGAUCCAACUCCAGUUGCUGGACUCGCAGUGCGACCCCGCUGCAUCGCUCAAAGCUCUGUUUGACGCCAUGUGGGCGGGGCCAAAGUACCUGCUGGUGUUCGGAGGGGUGUGUCCAUCUGUGACGGCGCUCAUCGCUCGCUCUCUGCCGGCUCUCAGCCUGGUGCAGGUCUCUUUCGCAGCCUCGUCCCCCAGUCUGUCCAACAGGAAGUGGUAUGGGAACCUGUUCAGCACGGUGCCGUCAGACCGAGCUCUGAACGCGGCCACGGUGAAGCUGCUGCAGCGCCACAAGUGGAGCCGUGUCGGCCUCGUCACACAGGAAGGACCCAGACUCUCAGAGAUGAAGAAGGAUCUGAUCCGGCAGCUGCUGAAGGCCAACGUCCAGCUGGUGUCCACACAGAGUCUCUCUGAAGACGUCUGCAGCAGCCUGAGGAAGCUCAAGGAAAGUGAUGUUCGGAUCAUCAUCGGACAGUUUGACGAGGAGCUCACCUCUCAGGUGUUCUGCUGUGCCUACAGGCUGAACCUGUUUGGAGCUCGGUACCAGUGGAUCAUCGCUGACGGAGGAGCAGCUGGGUGGAGGCUGGGCUGGCAGGAGUCUGGCUGCAGGGCCAACAGUCUGCUGACGGCUGCAGACGGAUCCAUCAGGCUGCAGAUGAGACCGCUCAGCACCAAGAACACAGCCGGAGUCUCUGGACGGACUCCUCAGGACUACCAGGACUCGUACCUCACACAGCUGUUCCAGGAGGGGUCAAAGGUCAGCGCCCUACACGCCUUCGCCUACGACGCUGUUUGGGUCGCCGCCACAGCUCUGAGUCAGGUGAUGGAGGCCGUGAAGCACAGAGAGAAGUACAGCGCCCAGAGAAACGUGACUGUCAGCGAGGAGGAAGUUUACAAGAUGCUGCUGGAGGCCGUGAAGCAGACGCAGUUUGAAGGACUCACAGGUCCGGUGAUGUUUCGUAACGGGGAGAGGAUGACGUCGAUCGAGCUGAUCCAGUUUCAAGGCAGCAGUGGUGUGCUGGUCGGAGAGUUCAGUACGUCCACACAGCAGCUCAGACUGAAGAACCAGCAGCUGAAGUUUAACGGUCCAGGACCAGCCAGGGACCAGACUCUGGUGGUUCCACAGCGACAGCAUGUCAGCUUCCUCCUGUACGCCAUCGUCUCCUCAGCUGCAGCCGUGACCAUCAUCAUCACUCUGACCGUCCUCUUCCUCAUCUUCAUCAACCGUAAACAGCGGCUGCUGAGAUCCUGCAGUGGAUCCCAGGACGAGCUGCUGCUGCUGGGCGUCCUGCUGUCCUCCUCCUCGGUCCUGAUCUCCGGUCUGGACGGAGCCUCGCUGUCCAACCGGACACUUGAGCUGCUCUGCUCUGUUCGACUGUGGACUCUCUCUGUGGGACACACGGUCGGCUUCGCUGUGCUCUUCGCCAAAACAUGGAGGGUUUAUUCGCUGUGCAGCAUCAAACAGAAGCGGCGGCAGCAGCGAGCAGGCUGCGUGGUGCUCUGGAUGUUCCUGCUCGACGUGUUCGUUCUCACCAGCUGGCAGAUCCUGGACCCUCUCAGAUGGGUGGUGCAGCAGCAUCACACGGAGAGCGACGCGGCCGCUCAGGACGCCGUCGUUCGUCCGUACUCUGAACACUGCAGCAGCGUCAACAUGGAGCUGUGGCUCACCGCUGCCUGCGGGUACAAAGGACCUGUGAUGGGCCUGGGGUGUUUCCUGGCCUGGAGCAUCAGGGCUGUGCAGGCGGAUCACAUCAGCAGCGAACGCCUCACGCUCAGUGUGUUUGCUGUGAUGGUGUUCAGCGUGUCAGGAGUGUCAGGAUCGCUGCUGACGACCCACAAUCCUCCUCUUCAGUUCUGUCUGACCAGCAGCCUGAUCCUCUGCUGUAACAUGUUCGUCCUGAGCUCAGUGUUCGGACCAAAGUUUCUACUGGUGCAGAGUGAAGCUGCAGAGGGCGAUGAAGGUGAAGAUGAGGAGCAGCUGAGCCUGUUGAACCAGGAGCUGAAGAGUCAAACUGCACAGCUCGAUGUGGAGAUAGAAACCAUCACGAUGCAGCUGUGUGACACGUCCGAGUCACUGACGAGAGAGAAACACGACGGUGACGUCAGGUGUGUGACGUCCACUCAUGUAGCUCAGGUGUGUCCUGAGAGGAAACCUGCGAGUCCAGACGGCAUCAACUCUCCUGACCACGUGUGGCGCCGCCUGUCGGUGCAGCUACCCAUCCUCCAUCACUCCUACCUGCCCGCCGUCGGAGGCAUCAGCGCCAGCAGCUCCAGUCUGUUCAGCAGCCAGGAAGCUUUCGUUCACCGCGACCUGCUGACGACCUGCUGACGACCUGCUGACGACCUGUUGUACACCUGAUGCCACGCAGCCGGGGCCACGUUACUGCUGAACCAAUCAGACGGCUGCUGGGACCAUCACCAAAACACACACAGAAAAAUUAAAAAUGUAUAGAAAUACAAGGAAUACAGAUGUUACAGUUCAUGUUUUAUCAUUAAAAUCUUUUCUAUGAUAAAA